AUGUCGAAUAUAGAGGAUCGUGAGGAUUGUUCAUCAGUAACGUUACUAACGGGAAGUAACGGGAAGGGUGUCCGGGCCAUGUCGAAUAUAGAGGAUCGUGAGGAUUGUUCAUCAGUAACGUUACUAACGGGAAGUAACGGGAAGGGUGUCCGGGCCAUGUCGAAUAUAGAGGAUCGUGAGGAUUGUUUAUCAGUAACGUUACUAACGGGAAGUAACGGGAAGGGUGUCCGGGCCAUGUCGAAUAUAGAGGAUCGUGAGGAUUGUUCAUCAGUAACGUUACUAACGGGAAGUAACGGGAAGGGUGUCCGGGCCAUGUCGAAUAUAGAGGAUCGUGAGGAUUGUUCAUCCAUGUCGAAUAUAGAGGAUCGUGAGGAUUGUUCAUCAGUAACGUUACUAACGGGAAGUAACGGGAAGGGUGUCCGGGCCAUGUCGAAUAUAGAGGAUCGUGAGGAUUGUUCAUCAGUAACGUUACUAACGGGAAGUAACGGGAAGGGUGUCCGGGCCAUGUCGAAUAUAGAGGAUCGUAAGGAUUGUUCAUCAGUAACGUUACUGACGGGAAGUAACGGGAAGUGGGGCCGGGCCAUGUCUCACCCACCAGAAAAGAGGCUGGCCAAAUUUUGCCUCCCCUACUUUCAAAAUUAUUAA